UGAGAUAAAUAAAUAAAUAUAGAGAUAAAUAGAUGAAAGGGUGAGGGACAGACAGAGGCACGCGCUUGUGUGUUGUUGUUGAUGUGGAUGCUCCUGAUUCAGCCCGUUCUCCGUGUUAAUCUCUGCGGGUAAAAACUCGGCGCUGUGAGCCGCUCUCAGCAUGGACCCCAGCACCACUAUUCUCCGGGUGAAGAGGAAGCGGGGGACCGACCCCGCGGACGCGCUGCUGCUGGCCUGCAAGCGCAUCCGGCCGGAGCCGAACUCAGCGCAGCCCGCGGCCGCAGAGCCGGGCCCGGAGCCCGCCACCACCGCCGCCGAGCCCCGCAUAGAGAACUCCGUCUUUAAGCUGGUGGCCACGGUCUCCUCACAGGAUGCUCCAGUCCAGCCUCACGUCCGCGAGGCUCUGUCCCGCCCCCGGCUGGCCCACGCCCUGCGCCCCUCUCAGGGCAGCUCCCAGAGGAUCAUCGGAGAUCUCCGCAGUGUCAAAUGGAGCACCAGGCGAGAGGAGCGCUACCGGAUCCUCUCCAGCCACCGGACUGGGCUCCCGGCAGAACCGCCGGCGCCGAGAGAGACAGAGGCCCAGGAGACAGGCACUCCGACAGAGCCUGAUCCACGCUUAUCUCUGGGAGACAUGCAGGUGUUCGACAUCGUUCAGGAGGAGGAGGAGGAGGAUGAGAAAGUCCCGGGAAAGAACGUAAAGUCCGACACAGAGACGAUUCUGUGUAAUUCAGUGAAGAUGAUCCGGCAGAAGUUGGCCGUGUCGACGGAUGGACUCGGGACUGAACAUCGUGAGAAGGAGGACGACUACGUCUAUGACCUGUACUACCAGGAGACGGCCACGCCGGGCUGGAUCCAGGACAUCCUGUCCGUCAGACCCUACAGCGAGGAGGGAGAGCUAGUGCCGGAGGAAGUGGCGUGGGAGGAGGAGGUGUAUGAAGACGAGGAUGAUGAGAAUGAAGAGCGUAACUGGAGGAAUGACUAUCCGGAUGAGGAGGACAGUGAAGACGGCAGUGAUGCUGAAGAGCGCUAUGGAGGCUGCUGGAGUGAGGAGCACUCCUACAGUCGGAGGAGCUGGGAGCGCUACCAGCAGGAGGUGAUGAAGGAGGUGGAGGAUGAUGAAGACGAGGAUGGAGAAGACUAUGGUUCUGACUGAAACACUGUGUGUGUGGGUGGGGGUGUGUGUUCGGUUGCGUUCAGUGUGUGAGGGACUGUUUUUACUCACAUGAAGGUGUGUGUGUGGUAGUUCUGCAGAUAUUAGUGUGGGGUGCUGUGUGUGUGGUGUGUGUUAGUCAGAUGAAUGAUUUACUCUGUGAUGUUGUUGAGUUGUUUGAUGGUGCAUGGUAGAGUGAACAGGCUGGUAUGUUAGCAGUUGAGUUUGUGUAAGUGUGAAAUGAUCUGUGUUGUUGCGUGUGUGUUUGUAAGUGUGUGUGGGGUGGGUGUGUGUGUGUUUGUAAGUGUGUGUGUGUGUGUGUGUUGGGUGGGUGGGUGUGUGUUUGAUUGAAUCGACAUUCCUUGUUUCCAAAGGGUGACUAUCUGUAAAUAUGUAGAUGUGUAUAAAACAAAAAAUAAAGAUUUCAAAAUGAA